UCCGUGGAGGUGCUGCUGGCCCCUCGCCGCCUCGCCUGCCCGUGUCUCUGCUAGGCGGCCGCGAUGUCUGACAAGGAAUUCAUGUGGGCCCUCAAAAAUGGAGACUUGGAUGAGGUGAAGGACUAUGUGGCCAAGGGUGAAGAUGUCAACCGGACACUUGAAGGUGGGAGGAAGCCUCUUCACUAUGCAGCAGACUGUGGACAGCUUGAGAUUCUGGAAUUUCUGCUAUUGAAAGGAGCUGAUAUUAAUGCUCCAGACAAACAUAAUAUCACACCACUCCUAUCAGCAGUCUAUGAGGGCCAUGUUUCCUGUGUGAAAUUGCUUCUGUCAAAGGGUGCUGAUAAGACUGUGAAAGGCCCAGAUGGACUAACUGCCUUUGAAGCCACUGACAACCAGGCAAUCAAAACUCUUCUUCAGUGACGGAUGGACUGAUAUCUUAAAUGUCUCUCCUGUGGCCUCACACUGCUGCCUGUCUGUCACUCUUUGCAUCUUCCAGCUUCUUCAGCUAAAUACUUUGGGGGGAGGGAAAUUCUUUAUGAAUCAGACUAGUUAGGGGCUUAUAUCGAAGAUAAUCUGUUUGGAGAGGGUUGAAAACUAUUAUGAACAGUGUCCCUCUAGGACUUCUUUUCAGUGCACAAUCUCUUCCCAUUUCUAGUGAAAAUGGAAGAAGGAAGACAGACCAUGAUCUUGAAUUUUUGGCUUGUAAACCUCCUAGGUUAGUAGUAAGAUUUUUGUUGAAAGAUUGCUUUAGAUGAAAGUACUGUGCUAUGUACCUGAAACUAAUUGUGAAGGAAACAAUAGUCCUAUGCUAUUAGUGUCUGCCAUAAUCUGAAAUGUAGUAAUGUAGGUGGCUGAGUUGCUUUUCUCUCUUCUCUCUCAGUGGGUAGCUGCUGCCUAAAGCUUACGUUGCAGUUUUGAGGACUUUUGAUACCAGUUACUGGAGCUAUUUUUCUGACUCUUGAGCAAACCAGGAAAGAUCAGUUGAGGCAUGGUGGUGUUACACUCCAGAAUAUCUGCCAAGAUACUUUUGGAUGCUUGAAUUUGAGGUUUUUCUUUUCCAUGUUUGUUCCAGUCCAGGACAGACAUUUCAAGCAACUGUUUUUGAGACUUCAAAAUGUCACUGUAUAGUUAUUUCUGAAAGGAUUGUAAGAUGAAAUUUCUUUACUCACCAUAUCAGCAUAAAAUUUAUAGACACGUGCGAAAGCUACAGGCUGUUUGGAUAAUCAAGUCAAAUGUGGAAAAUGAACAGUAAUUAUUUAGACAUUCCUAUCAGGUGAAUAUUGUUGCUAAACUUCUCUGGUAAACUUUUAAAAUACAUGUAAGCUUCCUAAGUUCAGGUGCUAGGAACAGGAAGACGUACAAGUAGAAGUCUUAACUUGCUUUAACUACUGGAGGAAAAGAAACCAACUUUUAAUUGUGCAUGUCUUUUGAUUCAGUGUUUCAUUGUUGGCUGAAUGAACCUCUUAAAUUUCUUUAAGGCAUGGGGCUUGUUCUGAAAGUUCCUGGUGCAACCAUGUUAACCAUUGACUUUUAGAUAAGGCUUACUAUACCAGUAUGACAGUACUAUGACAGCCUUGAUAAUUCAUGGGAAAAUAUUUAAUGAUGUUGUAGGGAUUCCUGUCACAUCUUACGGUUUUCAGGAAUGUCUGAUCUUCUGGCUUUCAUCUUCAAAAUUUUCAUUAGACUGCUGAUUCACCCAAAACUGAAUAACAGGUUUUAUAACAGAAGAGUGUGUGCCACAAACUAUACAUCUUCCUCUUUUUUGGAAUACAGAUUUCAAAUUUUCUGAUAGCAUACACAAUACAGAAAACAAAUGUAUAUAAUGUCUCAUGCUGAAUUCUUAAACAAAAGUAGCUGAUAUUAUUUUGAUAUCACUGUCGAAAUUUAGAGGAUAUGUACAAGUAGGCUGGUGAUUGCCACUCAUUUAAUGGAGACUUAGUUUUACUUGAAUCAUGUUGCAUAUUAUGAUUGAAUGUCUCAGCUAUAAAAAGCCUUGCAUUUAGACUGUAAAAGAGGAGUAGAAAUGGAUUUGCAUGUACACAUCCCAUAAGAAAAGCACUGGAGAAAACAAUCAACUCUGGCCAUAAACUGUACAGUGCAAUUACUCUUUACUUCUUGGAGAUGGGUGGCAAGGAAGAGUAGAAGGGGUGGAAGUCAGUGAUAAAUCAAUUGGUGUGCUGCUGAUAAAAGAACAAGCAUGUUUGUUGAACAGUGCUUUUAAUGACUAUUUAAAGACAACUCUUUAACCUUAUCUCUGAUCAGUGCUGGAUUGUCAUGUCAUUGUAAUAGUGUGAACACAAACUAUAGGUUUAACUCUUUAUUCAGCUAUGAAAAUAGCCAUCUUUGGCAUAAAUUUGCCUCCAUGUUAUGCUAUUAAAUACGUUGCUAUUAAAAUACUAGUCUAGAAAACUGCAAUCUGUUUUUAUGUGGAAGACUUGAUUAUUCAAGUUUUUUGUGUUGAUUAGUGUCAGGUUGUCUGGCCAUAGUGUUUUGGGGUUUUUUCUCUGUAUUCUUUCCUGCCCUUCCCUUCAACUCUCAUUGAAGUGAACAUUAUCAUAGUAAAGAAACAUCAUCUUUGUACUAACUCUUCUGGUGAUUCACUGAGGCAAUUUUGCCUCCCUUUUUCUAGAAUUAUGUGGACACUUUAUUUUUUUCUUACUUCACAUGAGGAAAAAAAUGCAAACAAACUUCAGUGAGACAUGUGUUAAUUUGGCUGUAAUACAUACCCAAGCUGCCUUUUGAGAUAGUUAGAAGAUGGCAUUUAAUGUUUGGCUCAUAAAGAAGAAAUACUUUUUUGCUUUUUGCACUACAUAAGAGGUGAUUGAUCAUUUUGCCCAGCAUUUUAAAAAAAAAGUAAUAAUAAAAGCUUAUGCUUUUGUAAUUUUCUAGAAACUGGGCUUGUUCAUGUGUUCCCUAGCUAUAUUGUGGAAAAAAUAAUGGGUGGCUGCCUGUGUCUUUGAGUAGGUCCUAACUAGAUGAAAAAUACCAAACUAUAAUUUUUUUUUUACAUUCUGUAAGCAGAAUUUAAAUACUUUAUCAGACUGAAAUAACAUAUAGUUGGAAAUCUACUCUGUUUUUAAACCUUUUCCUUUGAAAUUUGUGCUGAAUAAGUUAUAACCUAAAGUAUAUUUUGGAUUUUGUACCCUCUGCUCCUUUUUCUUAAGGGGGAGCAAACGGGAAAAGGAGUAUGAUAGUUAAAUGGAACUUUAUCCUUGAACAUAACAUUGAAUUAUUUGUAGAAGAGGCUGGUAAGAAUGGAGUGUCCUGGUCAAGCAAUUGCAGUGUUGCAUGCAAAAUUUCAAAAUGAACUUGUCUUAAUUAUAUUUUGUAAAUGGAUAAACAAUCAUCUUUCUACACAGUGACAGAAGAAAAUUAGUGCUCUGUGCAUUUUGAUAUUUGACUUCCUCUUUUCACCAUUGUUAAAUGUUUUGACACAGUUGGGUUCAUCAUUAUCAUGGUUUAUGACAUCAGAAUGCUAAAUGAUACUGUAUUUUUAAGUUUAUGUUGCAAGAAUGAAUGGAAUAAACUUGAAUUGUGCGA